AAUAGUUUAUUAAUAUGUGCAUUUAUGACAUGCGUUGGCAUGACAUUUCUGAUUUUGGCUUGUGCCGUGCCUCAACAAAAGAUUUUCUAUCCGUUCUUUGUGCUGCUGUUCUAUGUGUUAUCCGUGAUACCCAUUGUCAUAGCCAAACGACUGAAUCCCGGCGCUGAAACAAAUCCCAAAACAGAAUUUGCUUUAUUCCUUACCGCGGGUAUGGUACUUAGCGCCUUUGCAUUGCCCAUUGUUUUGGCACACACCGGAGUGAUCACCUGGCUGGGCUGCAUAUUGACAUUGGUCAGUAAUGUCAUUAACUAUUUAACCAUAUUCGGUUAUGUUAUGCGAGAAAAUGAAUUUGAUGCUCCGUAUGGUGGUAUGUUCUAAAUAUGUAUAUGUCGACAAAGAGGAGUUU